CUUUAAGAAACUCCAUGUUUUCGCUUCAUGAUGCGUCAACAUAAAAAGCGGAUGAUGCUGUUAUGUAAAAAAAAAAAAAAAAAAAAAAAAAAACAUGCCGAAGUGAUCCGUAGUUUGCAGGAGCGGAGCUGAGAGUCCACCACGCCUCGCUCGGUGCUCGGCCGGCCCGUUCUGGAGAGAGACCCGCCGAGCGGACGCUUUUUACGCGCAGCGGCGGCGCCGCGCAGUUUGGAGAGAGGACGGCUCAGCAUGAGGCGUCCUCCGCACCGCCGUCCUCCUUCGCUCGCGGGAAGCGUACACCUGACGCGACUCUCCGCCGCCCCGUGGAUCUGAUCCAUCUCUCCGGGUCCGAGCGAACCCCGGUCGGCCGGGUUCCGAUUCCGCACGCGACCAGGCGGUGAGACGCGGAACGCUCCCAACUCCGGGCGGCUGGACUGAAAGUGUGAGGCAGGACGGGAGCGGGUCAGGCAGCCGGGCUGGGAUUAUCACGAGAGUCUGUGGACCCGCCGGAUCCAGAAUGAGAGCUGGAGGUCCUGCCUGAGCUGAGGGACCCUGUGGAUGAGGAGGUCUGGGAAGGUCUGCUCUGAGACGCUGAGACGAUGGCGAAGGCUCAGCAGAGCCAGACCGUGACACAUGGGAAGCCUCAAAAGAGAAAGGGGAACAAGGAAACAAGAGAGCGAGCGACGAAAGGAAAUGGGGAAAAGGACGACCCGAGAGGAAGUAAAAAGGGCAAGAAAGACUUGCAUCGACAGAGAAAGAAGACGCUGAGGAUCGGUGAUGGAGACGCGCUGGACUGCUGCGUCCUGCUCACCCGUCUGGAGGAGGGGAAGGCUGUGGCGAAGGAACACGACGCUCUGAUGAGCAGGAAGCAAGCGAGUCAGGACGUCAGGAAGAAGCCGGAAUCCGCCGAAAACAAGAUUGAAACUGGACUAGAGAAGUCCCACCCGGCCAAUCAGCAUGCACCGGAACCAAAAAGCAACCGAUCCAGUGCCUUAACCGCGCCUGAGCCCCGCAGGAGGAGGAUGGCCUCCCUGAACGCCGAGGCCGUCAACAGCCUGCUGCUGUACCGGGACGAGCCCCCGGCCGCCAGCGAGGAUCCGGCUCCGGGCCGGUCUGAGAGCGAGCAGCAGGGCCACACAGCCGAGAAGGCUUCUUCAGGAGGGGAAGCAGUCCCAGAGGAGAGCAGGAGGAAGAGGAGGAGGCGGCGUUCAGGAGCUCAGGUGGAGGACAUCGACUGGCUCAGUCUGCUCGCCCCCACCCCUCGCCGCCAGGCAGGCCUCACCGCUGCAACGCUGCUCCGGCUCACCGGCAGCCAGUAUGGAUCCAGACGGCAGAGGAAGACCGAGGCCGGGCGGGGGGCCGGGGGCGGGGGCGGGGGCGGAGGCGGGGAGGAAGCAGCUCCUCCGGCUGCAGAUGGCAGCAGGGAGGAAGCAGCGGGUGGAGGAGCAGCUCACACCAAGAGAAGAACACACUGGAGACACCAGGAGCGACCGAAGCACAGAAAACGGGCCUCAGCAGAUCCGGGCCGGCCCCCGAGGACCUGCUGCUGCACCUCGUGUCAGGCUGAGGCUGUGGACCCGGCCUGGAGGGGCGGGGGUCCCGCCGGGGGGCCAGGGUGUCUGAAGCGCGCCCUGCACGGCGGCGCCUCUCUGGGAUUCUCCCUGAAGCCGGUGAAGGAGGAGCAGACGGAUCCGGAGGCGGCGUCCUGCUCCUGCUGCUCCCAGGAGCGCUGUGUGGAGUACCGCCACCGGCUGGCGCUCUUCCUGGACGACCAGACCUUCAAGGCCCCGGAGGACGGCCCGCCGCCCGAGGUCUUCCACCACCACCACCAUCACCACCACCACCAUCACCACCACCACCACCUGCGCCCGCCCCACUCGGUCGCCCACCCGGCGGCCAUCGCCAUCAGCCCGCACGCCUACGGCUGCUUCCCGGGUUACUACGUGCACUUCGGCCCCCCGGACGGCGCCCCGUCGCCCAUCCCGCCGCCGGCCCUGCUGCCCGGCGGCGGGCCCCAGCCCUCAGGGAUCGGCCGCCCGCCCCACUGCUGCUCGUCCGUGGAGCCGUGCUUCGGAGAGGCCUGCGGGGUCAGCGGCCACUCCGCCUACAGCAGCGGGAUUCCAGGAGGCGCCAGAGGGGGGCGCUCCUUCAGCCCCUCUGACUGCAGCAGGCGCUUCAGAAGAGAUGAGCACCCGGCCGCCGUCAGCCCGUCCUCCAGCCCCAGAGUGCUGACGGGCUGCCCGGUGCCGGCGGCGCCCCCGGCCGGCCAGUCGGCGCCGUCGGACCCCAGCCGGCCGCCGCCGCUGCUGCAGGUGGCCAAGGAGAGUCCGCAGAGCGCCAAGCCGCCCAGCGGCUCGCGCUCCGGCGGCGCGGCCCCGCGGCCCCCCGCCGGGGACAAGAAGCAGCAGCCGGGCGCCGCCGCCGGGGGGCAAACCGCCGGCAAGCGGCCCCGGACCGGCCGGCAGAGGUCCACCAACGGCUGGAGGCCGGUCGGCCCGCCCUUCCACAGGGAGGUCUUCUCCGUGGAGGACGAGUCUCCCGUGCUGAGGAAGUGCUUCGAGGGCGUCCACAGGGGCGGCGAGCUGAUCCGGGCCAGAGACACGGUCCUGCUCCGGUCUGGGCCCAGGAAGAAGUCUCUGCCCUACGUGGCCAAGGUGUCGGCUCUGUGGGAGGAGCCAGAGUCAGGAGAGCUGAUGAUGAGCCUGUUCUGGUACUACCGGCCGGAACACACACAGGGCGGACGCAGCGCCGGCGUCCACUGCGAGAAGGAGAUCUUCGCGUCUCGUCACCAGGACGUGAACAGCGUGGCGUGUAUCGAGGACAAGUGCUACGUCCUGACGCUGGCUCAGUACUGCCGAUUUUGUGCCUUGGUGAAGCGCCGCCGCGAGGGCGUCCGCGGCAGCGCCGCCGCCCUGCUGGUGCCGCCCAUGGCGGGCGGCGGCGCCACGCCCACCCACCACUGUGUGCCCGACGGCGUGGACCCGGAGCUGGUCUUCUUCUGCCGACACGUCUACGACUUCCGGUACGGACGCCUGCUCAAGAACCUGCAGUAGCCGCCGGCCGCCUCCGGGGGCGGAGCCAAAGGUCGGGGAGCCCGAGUCCGUCUGGGAGGAGAACCGGGACGCUGCACACACACACACACACACACACACACACACACACCGCUCCGGAGGACGACGCUGCUUCAAGACUCAUUCAUGGUUCAUUUGGAGUUGAUGGGAAGCUGCAGCCAGCAGGCGAUCAGCACAGUUGAGAAUAAACUUUAAUUUACAGCUUUUCAAAAAGGUGAACUAACGGCUGGCAGAGAUGCAUCAAAUUCUCCCAAUUUUAUUUUAAACAUUAUAUAUUUUAGAUUCAUUCCAAAUGACCUGAGAUUCUUCAAGUCUUUUUUUUUUUUGUUAUAUUUAACUUCUAAGUCCUGAAAAUCUGUGAUUAAAUUAGGAAAAAUACAAGAAUAUUUUACGAGGAGGCCUCAGUAAAGGCAAUUUAAAUAAAAAUAAAUCGUUUCAAGUUUACAUUUUUGGUAAAAACAGAUGUUCCUGUUCUCACAGAGGCUGUAUGGAGGGGAAAGAUAUUCCAAUUUUAUUAUUAUAAUGGUUAUUUAUUUCGAGGCAUUUUUUCCAGAAUUCUUUCGUUUUAUUUGAGCCGUGGUCACGGAGCGAUGCCUUCACUGUCCUCGUGUUUCCAGAGGGGAAUAAGAGAAGUGUGUAAAAACCAUCAGAUGUUGCAAAUCUGCAGGAUUUUAAAGCGAAAGCGUCGAACUGGCACGAGAAGAGUUUUGUUUUCAUCCCUUUUUCAAGCACUUUUGAUUUCCAGUGUUUAUUAUGAGGCGAGGAAACACAGUGCGUGUGCGUGCGUGCAUGUGUGUGUGUGUGUGUGUGUGUGUGUGUGUGUGUGUGUGUGUGUGUGUGUGUGUGUGUGUGUGUGAAUUGGAUUCAUGUUCCCCCUGCUGGCUGCUCUGCAGGAAGCUCAGUGUUUGUUCCCGGUGUGGGAGCAGCUUCCUGUUCUACCUGAGCAGAUGAGUCCUGCUCCCGGUCCUCCCCCCCCCCCCCCCACCCCCCCCCAAGAGCCUCCUCGCCUGACCUUUGAAUGACCUUGCCGUUAGCCUGAGCCCUGACCUCGCUGCCUUAUCGCCCGCUCCCAGCUCAGCGGCUCUUCAUUCCAACUAAAGACGCUCCUCACCGUUCGGUGUGUUUCUCUGAGUGAGAGCCGGAAAAUGAGAAAACCUUCUGGACUGACGCUCUGACCAUGAAACAGACGAGCAGCCGCCGAUUGCUUCAGCAUAAAAACUGGAAGCAGGAUCACUCUGGGGGGGAAAAAGGAGACACACAUUCCACCGACACACACCGUUCACACCUCCUCUCUGGACGGCUUUACACAAACCAACCACCAAAACUCUGCCAAACUGACCGAGGAGAGGUUAAUCGGAGUUAGGAAGCUUUAUUCAACUCAGUGAUUUUCAUAGUAAAAGAUGUUUUUUAUACCUGGACGGACGGAGGAAUGGAUCCGCCGUCACACAGCGGCAGUGAGAGACGUGAAGCACAAUGGUGGAGGCUGCAUUACGGCUAGUUGAGCUCAGUUUAAUCCAUUAUUUCAGCUCAUUAUUGAGGUAAUUUGUUUAGUUGUUCACCACAGAGUCACAUUCAGCCUCUCACUCCUGAGGUUACAUGAAGCACUUUCUCCCAUAAAAUGUUUCAUAACUUUGUGUUAAGUUCUGGUUUAUCCAGGGUAAAAACACAGGUUUCCUUUUACUCCCUCUGCUUCCAGUCUUUAUUCUAGUCUAAACGAAGCUGGUUUCUGCUGUGGGACUGUAUUCUGACCGUCAGGCUCUGAUUGGAUCCUCCAGAUGUCAGAGGUCGUCAGCUGACCUCCACGUCAGAGUCGGCCAAUCUUUCCUCCAUCGAGCACAGGAGAGAUUUAUUUCCAUGAAGGCUUUUCUAAUUGAAGGUUUUGAUUUGAUUUCUAACAAUAUGUCUGGUUUCCUCAGCCCGGCUUCGUGCAAACCAAAGGUUUUCGCUUUAUUUCAACAAGAAAUAUGAAGAGUUUGCUUUGAUUUGCCCCUGAGCGGUGAAGUUAGAGAAACCCCGCCACUAAACGGAGGUGAGAAGAAGUGAUCCCGAUGUCUUAACGGCUCCUCGGUGCCUGCCGUUCCCUUCACUGCAGCAGCUCACGGCUGACCCUCCUCAAGCCUUCUGUCCCGUUCUGUCCGUCAGGUGACCCUGGUCUGGUCUCCAGUCACCACAAACACACGUUUGCACCAAAAAACAAAACAAAUAAACCUGGUGGAGGGUCUCCAGUGACUUCAGUUUCAUUCCCAGGUCCAUGGAAACCUGAUCUCUGGUUCUUCUUUUGUGAAUUUAUGUUCUUAUUCUUUGCAUGGCUUUUUGGGAAUAUUAAUCGCAGCACAGAUUAUUUGUAUGGUAUCAGAUGGACCUCUGUAAUAUAAGAAGAUAUUUAAUUGUAAUAAAUAAUAUAUGAGUUUGAA